CAGCAGUAACAACAUGGCGACCACCGGCGGAGCGUCUAUAGAUGGACUGACUUAUGCUGAAUACAGUCCGAAAAUGCAGAACAGAAGUGAUGCAGAGAUAGACAAGAGACUGGGAGGGACUCUGAUCGCAGUGGGUCUAGGUGUUGCUGCUGCAGGUUUUGCAGGUCGCUAUGCAUUCCAGCUCUGGAAACCUCUGGGCCAAGUCUUCACUAACACUGUCAAUAAGAUGCCCUCAGCAGUUUUCUCACCAUACUACAAAGGAGGCUUUGAGCAGAAGAUGUCCAAACGCGAGGCCAGCCUUAUUCUAGGAGUCAGCCCAGUCACCAAUAAGACCAAGAUACGUGAGGCCCAUCGGAGGAUAAUGAUCCUGAACCAUCCAGAUAAAGGUGGGUCACCGUAUCUCGCUGCUAAGAUCAACGAGGCCAAAGACUAUCUGGAAAAGGAGAACCGGCGAUGAUCUGCAUUAUUAUGACUCUCAUUACUCUGUUAUUUCAGCUUUGUUGUACUGCACAUGAAUCUCUAUUCAGGCUCCCGGAAGUUAGCAGAAAAAAUACUUUCCAAACACUGACUUAACUUGGACUGUAUUUUCACAGUAUGGGAACAUAUGUAGAUAUAUAAUACAUGGCAGUAUCCUUCACUCUUGGUUAGGAAUAUUGCUUUGUAAAGACUGUCAUUUUAAAUCUAUAUAUUUACUAUGUUAGAAUCAAGUCAUGGCAGUACUGCUUCUUGUCUCGUUAUCAGUGUAUGAGUGUGCUAAUGUCAGGACAUGGUAAUGUAAUAAUCUAUUUAAGGAACAGUAGAAUAAUACAUUCAUAUAUUACCAUGUUUAAACAGUCAUGGUGGAACUGGUGAAACAUUUUUUAAAUAAAUGAAAUG